CUUCAGUGUCGGUUUGAGUAACGGAGGCAGCAAGUCAGCAACAGCGGCAAACGAAUCUCAUCGGGACCAAGAUGGAGACUAAUCGCCGUCAACACGCCAACGAGACGCUUCAACCGCAGCAGAUGAGACACCAUCCGCAUCACUUUCCCAUCAGUCGGGAAAUCCUGCAAGACAUGGAUGACCGUCGCAGUCACCACUGGAGAUCGACUGAAACCAUCGAAUCGUCGACCCCCACCAAUUCCGUCCGUCCGAGUGCCAUGGCCCCAAAACUUAUGAAAAUGAUACGUGUCGAGGCGCCACUUCUCCGCGAGAUUAUGGCGGAAUUCCUGGGCACUUUCAUUCUUGUGCUUUUUGGUGACGCCAGCGUCGCCCAGUCUAAACUUUCAAACGAAGCCAAUGGAGACUUUUUCUCCAUCAACUGGGGCUGGGCUGUUGGUGUCAUGAUGGGGGUCUUGGUUGCUGGGGGCGUAUCGGGUGCUCAUUUAAAUCCGGCCGUCACCUUGGCAAUGGCCUGCGCUGGUCGUAUUGCCAUCAUCAAAGUUUUCUUCUACAUGCUGGCCCAGUAUCUGGGCGCCUUCGCUGCAGCCGCCUCCGUCCUCGGAGUCUACAGCGAUGCCAUCGAAUAUUACAGCAACGCCAACCACAACGGGACUUUGUACAUGAACAAUGAAGCCAACGAUCCGGGCUUGGCCGGCAUCUUUGCCACCUAUCCGGCCCCUUGGCUCUCCAUUGCUGGAGGGAUUGGCGACCAGAUUUUGGGAACCAUGCUGCUACUCCUCUGCAUCUGCGCCAUCACGGACAAGAAAAACACGCAAAUUCCGUCAGCCCUAGUGCCAAUGUACGUGGGAUUCACCAUUCUGGGCAUCGGCGUUUGCUUCGGGGCCAACUGCGGCUACGCGCUCAAUCCGGCCAGAGAUCUUUCGCCCCGUCUCAUCACUCUCAUCGCCGGAUGGGAUCAAUCUUUCAGCUGGAACAAUUACAACUGGUUCUGGAUACCCAUCGUCGGCCCUCACAUCGGAGCUAUCCUCGGGGUCUUCAUUUACAUCGCCUUUGUCGAAGCCCAUUGGCCGGAGGAAGGCGACGAAGUGGUGCCCAUCACCGUUCCACGAGCGAAUUUCAACAAAGAGCGAGGAGAAAAGAUCCAGAACAUGGACAUGGAGAGUUUUACCACGUCAAAUUAACAGGAGAAAGACGGACUUGGCAACCGCUUUAACUAUCUUCCUUCAUCAAGACCGCGAGCGUCUGUUUUUAUUUUUAUUGCAACCAUUGAAAAAUCGUUCCAUUCUAUUGUUGUAUCUUUGAUCCUCAUUAUUAUUAUUUUUUUUUAAAUUGGGAACUGGACCACUGUAUACUCCUCAUUACAAAAUGACUUUGAAUUAAGUUGGCGUGAUUUGACUAUCCAUGUAUUCAAACAGAGCAUCCCCAUCCUAUAUGUAUAUGUAUUUGUAUGUGUAGGUAAACGAUAAAUGUGAAACCGAGAGUUCAUUGUGGCUUCCUCUUACUCUUGUUCCCAACUACAAAAAAUGCAGCUGUUAGUGUUCUUUGAUACUUCUCUGCUGAUUCAUUAUCUAUAUAAUGUUGCACCAUGAGUGUGAGCGUGUGGUGGUGUGUUUAUUCCGCACAUCGAGCUGAGAUACAUGUAAAAAAAAGAGAAAAAAAAAACAAGUAUUUUCCGUUUUUGAA